UUCACAAACAACAGGGGUGUGCCUGGAAUUAUCAUAAAUCUACCCGCCAGCUAUCCUCCCCGAUCUCUGCACCUCGCUUGCCCUAAUUUGAGCGUAAAGAAAUUCAAAUUCAUAAGGCCGAUUUUCCUUUCUCCGCGUGGUUGUGCGUGUUAGAAAGCAUAACGGAGAAUGAGUCGGAGCUUAGGAAUUCCGGUGAAGCUACUGCACGAGGCGUCGGGGCAUGUGGUGACGGUGGAGCUGAAGAGCGGCGAGCUCUAUCGAGGAAGCAUGAUUGAGUGCGAGGAUAACUGGAAUUGCCAGCUCGAAAACAUUACCUACACUGCUAAGGAUGGGAAGGUCUCACUACUAGAGCAUGUUUUCAUCAGAGGCAGCAAAGUCAGGUUCAUGGUAAUUCCGGAUAUGCUUAAGAACGCUCCGAUGUUUAAACGCUUGGAAGCUAGGAUCAAGGGUAAGGGCUCAGCUCUUGGAGUUGGACGUGGCCGUGCAGUAGCUAUGCGAGCUAGAGCCCAGGCUGCUGGUCGUGGAGCUCCCCCUGGUAGAGGUGCUGCUCCACCUGCGCGGAGGUGAUCAUGCGUGGUAAUUAGCAUAACAGUGGCUCUAUUACUAUUGGUCAUACGAUGCUUGAUCUCAGUUUCUCUGCUUCCCUGCUUAGUAGUAUUGUAGACUGGGAUGAUUGAUAUAUGCUGGGGGUGGCUGUUUUCCCAACGGCUGUAAUUGCUGCUAUUGCUCAUGUUUUGUGUAGAUCGUAGAUGCAAUCAUGCCUUACUAUGGAGCUUAUGUCUAUC